CGCGGUUGACGGAAGCGGGCUUUAAAUAGGUGUUUUUAAGUGAUUUCUGUUUUUGGUUGGAUGGAAAGCAAGAACUUUGAAUGAAUAUGAUGAGAAAAACUUUGCAUUCAUUCAUUACCCUGCGCGGAUGUCUCUUUUUUGUUUCAUUUCCCAUUUUCAAUUUUCUACUUCCCUUCUUUUCUUCUCUUUUCUUGUCCUCUUUUUGUAUUUUACAUUUUGGCCGGGCAUUUGUGGCGACGCCACGGUGGCGGCUUGUGGCUCAAUGUUUGUUGGUCUUUUCAUUUCCGAUCUUCAUUUCUCCCAUGUGUGAUGGGCUAUUUGUUGUAGUUUGAGUUGUUUGAUUCUCUGUGAAUGCUUGAUAUUACCCUUGGAAAUGAAAUUGCUAUACUAUCACAGUACCACUACCCGAGCGUUCAUGUAGUUUCUCACGUGACUGCACAGUAAAUGCGGGAUAAAAAAAAAAUAAAAAAAACAAAGCUGCCUGAGGCAGAAGCCGUAAGUCGCUUAGCCCCAAAGAGGCAGGGCUGCGCCAAGACUUCGCUUAGAUCAGCCCACACUCGACAAGCGGGUGCAAAAUACGACCCGGUCAAAUUCAGACCAGACUCUCUCACCACUCCAACGACUAACGACAACAGGGUCACGAUGAGUCACCGGAAGUACGAAGCGCCUCGGCACGGUUCGCUUGCCUUCCUUCCCCGGAAGCGCGCGACCCGUCACCGUGGAAAGGUCAAGAGCUUCCCCAAGGAUGACCCCAAGAAGCCCGUCCACCUGACGGCCGCCAUGGGUUACAAGGCCGGUAUGACCACCAUCGUCCGUGACCUUGACAGACCCGGUGCCAAGAUGCACAAGAAGGAAAUUGUCGAGGCUGCUACCGUCAUCGAGACUCCUCCGCUUGUCGCUGUCGGUGUUGUUGGAUACAUUGAGACUCCCCGUGGUCUCCGCUCGCUCACUACUGUCUGGGCCGAGCACCUGAGCGACGAGGUCAAGCGCCGCUUCUACAAGAACUGGUACAAGAGCAAGAAGAAGGCUUUCACCAAGUACGCCAAGAAACACGCCGACAACAGCGGUGCUGCCAUCACCCGUGAGCUCGAGCGCAUCAAGAAGUACUGCACUGUCGUCCGUGUGCUCGCCCACACCCAGAUCCGCAAGACCCCCGUCAAGCAAAAGAAGGCCCACCUCAUGGAGGUUCAGGUCAACGGUGGCGCCAUUGCCGACAAGGUUGACUUCGCCCGCAACCUGUUCGAGAAGCCCAUCGAGAUCGACAGCAUCUUCGAGAAGGACGAGAUGAUCGAUGUCAUCGCCGUCACCAAGGGUCACGGUUUCCAGGGUGUCACCAGCCGUUGGGGUACCACUAAGCUGCCCCGUAAGACUCACAAGGGUCUGCGUAAGGUCGCCUGUAUUGGUGCCUGGCAUCCUAACCACGUCCAGUGGACUGUUGCCCGUGCUGGUCAAAUGGGUUACCACCACCGUACAUCGUGCAACCACAAGGUCUUCCGUGUCGGAAAGGGUACUGACGAGGGUAACGCCUCGACUGAGUUCGACAUCUCCAAGAAGCAGAUCACUCCUAUGGGUGGUUUCGUCCGCUACGGUGAGGUCAAGAACGACUUCCUCCUCCUCAAGGGUUCCGUUCCCGGUGUUAAGAAGCGUGUCAUGACCCUGCGCAAGUCCCUCUACCCCCAGGUCAACCGGAGAGCUACCGAGAAGGUCGAGCUCAAAUGGAUCGAUACUUCGUCCAAGUUCGGUCACGGUGCUUUCCAGACUGCCGAGGAGAAGAAGGCCUUCCUGGGUACCCUCAAGAAGGAUCUUGUUACUACUGUUUAAGGUGUUGGGAUGGAGUGAGAUGUAUUUUCCGUUUAUUUUCCUUUUCAAUAAAAAGUGACAAUACCUUCAAAAUGUUCCAGUAGAGCGUAUAAUUCUAACGUUUGGUAAGAAAGUGUGGAAAUAUUUUGUAACAGACAGUGCCGGGUCAGAAGAUUUCGGUUUUGG